UCCACCAUCUCUCCUGCAGCCUCUCAUCCCACGCUCUCGCUUUGCGUCGACUGUUCGAUUCGGUUACUUUGAGCUCGUGACAUCGGAGCCAUGGCGUCCAAGGGAUCGAAGGCGAAGAAGGCGGCGGCGCAUCCUCCCUAUGCAGAGAUGAUCAAGGAGGCGAUCGUUACGCUGAAGGAGAAGGGCGGAUCGAGCCCGUAUGCGAUCGGGAAAUUCGUCGAGGACAAGCAUAAGGCGCACUUGCCGCCCAAUUUCCGCAAGUUUCUCCUCGUUCAGAUCAAGAAGCUCACCGCCGAGGGGAAGCUGACCAGAGUUAAGAGCUCCUUCAAGCUUUCCAGCCCCGCCGCUCGCCUGGCUCCUGCGAAGCCCAAGCCGAAGGCUAAAUCUGCUCCUUCUGCCGCCAAAUCUAAACCCAAAGCCGCUGUUGCUGCGGCCCCCAAACCGAAGGCGAAGGCCAAGCCGUCCGUUAAGCCAAAGCCCAAGGCCACUCCAGCGAAGCCCAAAGUGGCGUUAAAGCCAAAGCCUAAGACGGCGGCAAAGGUUCCGGCGAAGCCCAAGGCGGCACUAAAGCCAAAGCUCAAGGUGGCGGAGAAGGUGGUGAAGAAGGCCGUCCCGGCGAAAAAAUCGGGCGAAAAGAGGAAGCCUGCCUCGAAACCAAAACCGAAGGCAGCUGCUCGGCCGUCAAAGGCUGCGAAGACCGGAAAGAAAGACACGCCGACGAAGAGACCUGCAGCUCCAGCAAAGGGCGCAGCGACGGGGAAAAAGGCGACGCCGAAGAAGGCAAAGAAGUAGAUGAUUCGACUCGAUAAUUAUGUUUGUUUGUUUUUAGUUUUGUGUUCCAUAAAUUUAGGGCAUCUUCUGAAGACAAUUGUUGUGUUUACUUUCAAUGGGUCUAACAACGCUUUGUAUAAUUGGAAGGGGUUGAUUAUGGCAGUGUGAUUACUCGA